CCACUCCAGAUUACAAGCUUCUUCCUUCUCAAGAACCCCUUGAGAUAUCAAGCAGAGCUUGUGAGUAACACACCGACUCUCACAUCAUCAUCAUCAUCGUCAUCAUCAUACCCCAUCAAGAGGAGGAGGAGGAGGAGGAGGAGAAGCAUAUCAGUUAUCAGGGAAGUGAGAAUGGGCGCGAAGAAGUCAUCAUUCUCUUCAUUGUGUGGCAUAUUCAAGUCGUGCUUUUCAAGCGGAAGCAGAGAUGAUUAUUACUGGGAAGAUGGUGCGAGUGGAGGAAGAAUCUUUGCUAGCGAUGAAGACAGAGGACGAUGGGUUGCAGAGCCUGGUAUUGACAGGAAAGCUUCUGCUUUCAUUGCUCGAUUCUAUGCCUCUCGUGUCUCUGACUCUGAGCACCAGUUCGCUUCUUAAGCAACAAAAACAAGAACAAGAAUCUCUCUUCUUCUCUUCUUUGCUUUUCCAUUCUUGCAAACUAGUUUUAGCUCCCUUCAAUGUUCUGACCAAUCUUGUUAGCUGCAAUAAUGUGGUCGUCAAUAAUGUUAAAAAAAAAAUUUAUUCAUUUGUGUUAUUACAUGUAUGAUUCCAUUUACAUCUAUUCUAGGUAUUGUUCUUGAUCUUC